UAUAAUUUUUAGAAAACGUUUUCUGUUCCGAUCGAUACUGAGUUAGUAUUUUUUUAUUAAAAUUCGCAAUGUAUUUUAUGUAGGAACAAAAAUUUAAGUGAAAAUAAUUCAGUGUGUGAAAGAAAAGCGGAAAAGGUAAAAAAAAAAAAGAAUGAGUGCCAAACCAAAUCCACCUCCCAUUAAGCAAUUCAACUUAGUGCCGAAAAUUAUAAAUGGCGGUAUCGCCGGAAUUAUCGGCGUUUCUGUCGUUUUUCCAUUGGAUUUGGUGAAAACUCGACUGCAAAAUCAAACGGUGGGACCCAAUGGAGAGAAACAGUAUAAAAACAUGUUGGACUGUUUCAAACAAACAUACAGAGCGGAGGGUUACUUCGGUAUGUACCGAGGGUCCGCGGUCAACAUCAUCCUAAUUACGCCCGAGAAGGCCAUAAAACUCGCCGCUAACGAUCUUUUCCGGUAUCACCUCACACUUAAGGAUGGAUCACUACCAGUAGUGCGCCAAAUGGCAGCCGGUGGGAUGGCGGGCGCGUGUCAAAUUGUCAUCACCACUCCCAUGGAGUUGCUUAAGAUCCAAAUGCAGGAUGCGGGUCGGCAGGCGGCGCAAGCCAAAGCAGAGGGUAAAAAGUUCGAGCGUAUAACCGCUAUGCAACUUACGCGGAGAUUGCUCGCGGAACGCGGCAUAUUCGGCCUGUACAAGGGCGUCACGGCGACGGCAGCUAGAGAUAUCUCGUUCAGUGUCGUCUACUUCCCGAUGUUCGCUAUACUCAACGACCUCGGCCCUAAGGAAAAUCCAGGAAGCCCUCCGCCGUUUUGGUGGUCGUUCCUGUCCGGAUGCGCCGCCGGUUCCACUGCUGCUCUGGCCGUCAACCCUCUUGACGUGAUAAAGACACGUAUGCAGACUAUCACCAAGAGCGGCCGCCAAUACUCCUCCAUCAUGGACUGUAUCACUAAAACGUUAACACAGGAAGGUCCAACUGCAUUCUUCAAAGGUGGAGCUUGUCGUAUGAUUGUAAUAGCGCCGCUAUUCGGCAUCGCUCAAACCAUAUACUAUAUAGGCAUAGCAGAAAACUACUUAGGCAUUAAAUAAAAAUAAAAAACCUAUUGAUUCUAGUGCACAUUAGCGAAUAUGAUGCCAUACUGUAAAAAAGUAUUCUGUGUGUAUUUUUAGCUUGGUAGCUUUUGGUAGGCAUGCAGAUUAGAUUUAAAAAAAAAACAAUAUAUUUUAUUGUUACAAUCGAUACUCCACUUAAAUCAUUGUUUGUUCAAAUAUGUAAAAAAGCUUAUUUAAGAAUCUACUGUAUCUCAUUUAUACUUCCUAUACAAAUAGGGAAAUGAAAGAAGAAGAAGAAGAGAAAUAACGAUUAUGUAUUAUCAAACCCCUUAUAAUUGUUUAUUUAAAUUAAAAAAUUUACAUGCUCGGUCAAUUUAGCCCCCGAUUUCGUCCAGCCCUAGGCCUCAACUCCUGCCGACCUUCGCGCUCGUUCCUAUUCCCCGGUGUCACUGUUAUCAACCCUUAUGGUGGUUAUCAACUACGAUCCUUCCAAAGGCGUUGCUUAUCGAAAUAGAUUCCAGACCCCAAACAUCGAAACUUACACCACCAAAAAUUAGCAUAUUUUGAUAAAGAUAUUAUCUUAUCUUAGGCUCUGUGAGAUCAUAAUAAGAACUUGCACUACCAAAAAUUAACAUAUUUUGACAAAUAAAUUAUCGAUAUAUAUAAAAUGCAAAGGUCUGACUGACUGACUGACUGAAUGACUGACUGAUCUAUCAACACACAGCUCUAACCACUUGACGGAUCGGACUGAAAUUUUGCAGAAAGCUCUUACGUAGGCUUCCGCUAAGAAAGGACUUUGGAAAUUCCAACCCUAAGAGGGUUAAAUGGGGGAUGAAAGUUUCUAUGAAAUCCUUCAUUUAUCAAUU